AUGGUUAUUGAAAAAUCAUUAUACACAAGCUAUUCGUACCAUCCGGCGAUACACGAUGACACGUUCGUGCGUCGUAAGCAACGUCGGAAUAGGACCACCUUUACAUUACAACAGCUGGAAGAGUUGGAGACUGCAUUCGCUCAGACACAUUACCCUGACGUCUUCACACGGGAGGAUCUCGCCCUCAAGAUUAAUCUUACCGAAGCACGUGUACAAGUAUGGUUUCAAAACCGAAGAGCGAAAUGGCGGAAAGCGGAGCGCUUGAAAGAAGAACAAAGAAAAAGGGAAGGCGCUGAGGUGAUGGCGAAACGAGAUCCUACUGAUGAUAAGGGAUCAUCAGAGUGCAUGUCGCGCGGCUCGGGCGAGGCAUCCCCGAUGUCGGGAGCGGCCUCCCCCCGUGCUUCACCUCCCGUUACGCCAGGCUCGCCACGCCGCUCGCCGCUUCGCUCGCCACGCUCACCUCGCCGGUCGCCUAACAGGUCGCCUAGGCUUGACAGGUCGGAGACGGGUUGCUCUCCGGCGCCGUCAGUGGGUAGUGCGGGCUCGCGCGACGCUGCGCCCGAUCCGCGUCCUCAGCACCACAUAUUCUCACCCUUCGAACAGCGCAGUAUACACACCGACCAAGCCGCCGUAUAG